CUCAUCAUAGGCAAUGCAUGCACAUUGAAAUUAAGCCGUAACUUCACCAUAUUUUUACGGAUUUUUACAAAACCUACUCUUUUAUGUAGGCCAAAUUGUAUGCUAAAAGUGAAAACGUUGGAAAAAACAUGGAAAGGGGAGCUUCAAUUUUGUCGUUAUGAUUCUAUGACAUUUUACCCAUCAGUAUGCAGUACGAUGUACCGACAUUCUGUUUUCUUUUAAAUUUUAUUUUCUUGCCAUGGAGUGUGACUUUGACCGUCCUAGUUUGGCUUCACUUUGGGAACUGGGCUCCCACUUGAUUUGUUGUAUUUAUCUCUGCGUACAUAGCUUUUUAUUUGCCCCUACCAACUAUGGCGGCUUCCGCUUCGGACGCUUCGACAGCAAAUCACAGUCUGUUUUGUUGGAGUGCCAUCCCACAGUAGCCAUGGUGGGUAUCGGUCUGCUCAGGGCUUCUGCAGCCGUCGCUGCCAGACUAAGUCCGCUGAAAUCUGCCAAUGCGGUGACAAAUUUACUGUCUCGAACAAUACCGCGUACGGAAAAAGUGGCUGUCCGUUGGGGCCAUGGAAAGAAAAUGUUUGUCAUCAAACCCACUGAGUUCUAUGACAAGAGAUUUUUGCGUCUCCUGCAAUACUACAUCCUGCUGACCGGUAUUCCAAUGGCUGUAAUUGUCACAUCUGUGAAUCUCUUCAUUGGUGAAGCGGAGCUGGUGGAAACCCCCGAGGGUUAUGAACCUGAACACUGGGAAUACUACAAGCACCCUAUCACGAGGUGGAUUUGUCGGACCUUCUAUGACUCUCCAGUGAAGGACUAUGAAAAGAUGAUGGCUGCGAUCCAAAUAGAAAAAGAGAAGGCAGACAUGAGUGGAAUGGUGGACAACUGGUUAGCACAUGCGCCUCUCAGUUCUGAGGACUGGGGUUCAAAUCCCGGCCCCGCCCGUGUGGCAUUUGUCUCCUCGUGCCGGUGUGGGUUUGUCCAGGCACUCCGGUUUCCUCCCACUUCGCUAAAACGUGUGUGGGUAUACCCUACCUCUUGCAGCCUGGGAUAGACUCCAGCACACACGUGACCCUGGCUGACAGAACUGGAAGUACGCAGACACAUGAGGCAGAGAGGAGACGGCCCCUGGUUCCAGUUGGAAACCCUCAACAAGGAGCUCAUCGACUCCAGCCACAAGGCAACACCUGA